UUUAACUACUUACUUUUAUGAUUUAACUAGUUACUUGGAUAUAUGAUAUAUGCCAAAAUUACAGGUUUCACAUGCAUCAUUGGCUUAUUCUAAAGAGAUGGUUUAUAAAAUAUCACAUUCUUCGAUAAUAAUAAUAUCAUAAUAUAUGUUGUAUUGUAUAAUUUCUUCGCCCUAAUCCUCAUCAUCAGCCCUCAUCCUCAUCAUCAACUAUAAAUACAAGAUUUUGCUGUUGCUUGCGAGCUAUUAUCGAACUAAGUUCUGAAAUUGGUUGGAUGCAAAGUGAAUUUGUGAGGAAUAAAUGAACCUGUUUGGAAACUUAAUUAUUGGGAUUUUGCAGUUUCUUUAAUUCAAAAUAUAUGCUGGUUAGACUUUUAAAUAUCAAAUAAAAGUGGUUUUGUUGAACUAUAGUCAAAUAGUUAUUUUAGUGAAUAUCUUAUUAGUUAUUGUGGCCAAAAGGACAAAAAAACGAGAUGUUAAUUGUUGCCUUUUUCCAAACAACCCAAAGGCCAAAACCUCUACCUACGACAUGUGAAAUUGUAAAUGAUAAAAAUCUUUUUUUGAAAUCCAAAUCCAUUAACAUCUCAGCCGUUCCCUUGCCCUCCAAGUUUAUCCAACUCCCUCUCUAUAUCUCCUCCUCCGUUCGCCGUCGAUACCUAUUCCGGUAUGGCUGCCGCUUCAGAGAACGGUACCGUUGAUAUCUCUACUGAAGCUGUGGUGGUCGAUGAUGACGUCAAGUUCGGAUUCCAAAGGCAGGAGAUGUACACCGAGAAUCUCUCCGGAUCAGUCCAUCCUUACGAACGUCACGUUUUCCUCUGCUACAAGACUAGCGAAGACUGGCCUGCUCGUGUUGAAUCCUCCGACUCGGAUCUGCUCCCUAAGCGACUUGCUGGAGCUAUCAAGGAGCGCAAGAACGAUAUCGCUGUUAAGACUCUGAUGACGAUAUUCGAGGGCGGUGCUGCUAAUGGUUUGUCAGAUGGAGAUGUUUUGAUUUUUCCUGAUAUGAUCAAGUACAGGGGUUUGGAAGAAUCAAACAUUGAUAGUUUUGUGGAGGAAGUGCUUGUGAAUGGAAAACCAUGGGCUUCAGGAACACCGGAGGUAGUGACAGGUUCAUACGUGUUUGUGUGUGCUCAUAGCAGUCGAGAUAAAAGAUGUGGUGUUUGUGGGCCAGCUUUAAUUGAAAAGUUCAAUGAAGAGAUUGAAGUUAGGGCAUUGAAGGAACAGGUGUUUGUGAGUGCUUGCUCACAUGUUGGAGGACAUAAGUAUGCAGGGAACUUGAUAAUAUAUAGUUCAGUUGAAGAUGGAAAAGUGUCUGGACAUUGGUAUGGUUAUGUUACCCCAAAUGAUGUGGCUGAAUUGCUUGACCAACAUAUCAAGAAGGGUGAGAUCAUUGAAAGGAUUUGGAGGGGUGAAAUGGGUGUUCCUCCAGUUGAGAAAGCUGACAAGGCAGUUGAAAAGUCACUUCCAAAUGGAAAUGAUUCAAAGGUGAACGGGAAAGAUGAUGAGAAGGAAAACACUGGAGGCUGUUGUCAAGGUGCUAAUGGGUUCUCAUGCUGCAGAGAUGAAAGCUCAGGGGCAAAAAAGUCAACUUGCAACGUCAAUUUUUUUACAAAAAAAUGGGAGCAGCAUGAUAUGUUUACAGCUGCUGCUGUAGUUGGAGCUGUUGCAACUGUUGCUGUGGCUUAUAGCCUUUAUAAAAGGUCACGUUGAGGUUAGAAUUAAGUAUCUUAAUCAACAUACAAAAAAAAAAAAAAAAAAAGGAGUUAAAA